AUGAACUCUAGAACAGAAGAUCCAGAGAGAAACUCUCAGAAGCGGCGGUUUUAUUUAAUUCACAUUGAUAUCAGGCUGACAAGGACGUCUGAACAUCGAAUUUUGAUGUUCCAAGAUUGUACAAGAUUGUUUAACAACGAAAGUAUGUCAGCACUUCAAAGCGAAAGUGGAAACGAUAUCAUACAGGAUGAAUCCAAAGGAUUGCUGUCACUUCUGGAUGAAAUUAUCAUUCAUAUAAUUGAAAAAUUGAGUUCCGAAGAUAUAGCUAAUAUAGCCGAUACUUGCAUUAGACUGCGAGAAAUUGUACGAAAAAUGACGGCAGGUGAUGAAAGUUUAUCCGAUUUCAGUAUUGAAAGCAUUGAUGAAUUGGAAUGCAAAUAA